AUGGCUGGACCUAAUCAGCAACCAUCAUUUCUCCAAAUAUACUUUGUUGGUGAUGAUAAUCGUGAAAGACAAAUUCGUUGUGGAAUUUUUACUGGUAUCGAGCCAGAGUUGAUUCGUCAACUUCAGAAUUUGCUUCACGAAUACAAUAACUAUAUUAAAGAUUUUAAGGCUGCCUUUGAUUCAGUUCCUAAGAACCAGAAAGAGUUCCAAGUAGUAAUUAACGCUGAUAGGACACCUUCGGGAGAACAUAAAGGUCGUUUCAAUACUCUAAUGGCUAAAAGAGAAGCAGUUCUCAUGGUUGGACAAGAUUUUGAAAAAAGAGAUAUCGUCCUUAAGUGCAGAGACAACAAAUUGAUGCGAAUCAGUGAGACCCACCGUGUCUAUGAUGCUUUGCAAUAUCCUCUAAUGUUCUGUCUUAGAGAAGAUGGCUAUCAUAUUAAUAUACCUAAGCAUGACGAAAAGACUAAGGCUCCUCUUAAUAAGACAGUAUCGGCUUCGGAGUUUUACAGCUAUAGUAUAAUGGAGAGUGAUGGUGAAGAAUGUUAUUUACUAUUAUUUCGAACGCUAUUAAAUAAAUUUUUGGUUGAUAUAUAUAUAUGCAAAAAUUGA